GAUCCUCCACAUCCCAGGUGUGAAAUGGGGUUGGAGGGUACAGCCGGAUGGAGAGGAUCCGGGGUAGUUGAGGAAAACCCGGCAGGUUCAGCCAUUAUGCGGUUGGAUUCCUCUUCGUGAAAGGCCACUGACUUCAUUGCUACUUUGCCGCUGGGAGAGAGAGCGAAAGAGAAUAGUGUCUGAGACAAGCUUUGUGAAUGCCUGGAUGGAGAAAAGUAAAAGUGGUAGUGAUCCGCCAGGGAAGCUUGCAAUUCAAAUAGGGAAUCCGUUUGCUUUGAAGGUGGGCCAAGUCUUCACUGGCUUUGGCAUCGGUUGUGGUGUUGGGAUCGGCGUCGGCCGCCCUUUAAAUUUUGGUGCAAUACCUGCACUGCAGCAAGUUAUGAGUGCCACCAGAGGUGCAACCGAUGCUUUAUCUGGUGUUGGGGGACAUGUCAAUACAACUUUGAGAAGGUUGGGAGCAAAGAAUAUUGAAGCUGGUAUUGGAUGUGGGGUUGGUUUUGGUCAUGGUUUUGGAGUUGGCCUUGCUUUAAAGCCUGGUGUGAUGCAUCGUGUUCAAUCUUGUUUUGGACAAACAAUGGCUAGCUUGAUGAUGAAGUUUGGAAUUGUUCCUGGCUUACAAGUUGGUCAGAAUCUCCUCCCAGGGUCUUUGCAAAGCAGCUUGGGCAUGAUCAAUGAGACCUCAAUGCAAAAUCUAGUUGGAAAUAUCAUGCAAUCGGGAUCCAAAACACUGGAACACACUUCUCAAGGAUUUUCAAGGGAGGGAACUUCGAAUGCGGAAUCCAAGUUCAAAGAUCUUGCAUCUAAAGGAGCUUCAGUGGAUACAUUACUAGGUACUCGGUCAGAAAAAGUUGUCAGCAGUUUCGUGGAGAACACAAUUUUGAAAGAGGAGGAUGUUGAACUUAAUGAAUUGGCUGGACGCUUGCGAUCAGAAAACAGUGUUCUUCAAAUGGUAUUGAAACACCAACAAGUCAUUGAAGAGUUAAUGGAGGAAAAUGAAAAGCUUCGUCAAAUACUUGUGGAAGAACUGAAAGUUCCAUCCAGCAAAUUCCAACACAGCAGCUCAAGAACUAAAUCUCGUAGCCCAUGUUCUAAUUGCUUUGAAUGCCGUAGAAGACAAAGAAAGCUGAAAUGAAAAUACAUAGUCCUGAACUGAUUCAGACAUGGAGUAAAUUCUAUUUCAGCUAUAGAACCUGCUCAACAUGACUAGGUGGUGGCAUAGGCAAUAAUCAACAUGUCCACCAAAAUUUUAAUGCCAAGCAAUUGAGUGACAUGUUCCAAUCUAA